CCUGGUCUGCUCAGUGCGAGCAGAUCAGUCGAGGCAACCCGAUGCACACGCACGCCUCGCCCCAGCCAACGCUCCCGACACCUCAUCAUCAGACGCAACGCAUUCUCUCCUUCGACGAUCGCUCCGAUUCGAGCGCGAUCCCACCGAGAUCGAUCGCGUCGAAAUCACCCGCGAGUUCGAUUGCACGCGUGUUUCCUUCGUACGUGGUGCCGACGAGAUCGACGACCAGAGAUCGAGAGAACCUGGCCAAGCGCGAGUCGCGCGAAUCCACAAGACCGGGCUCGAGGAUGACGUCCGCUAACGGUUACGUGGAUCGUUGGUGUUCCAUCGGCGAGAAGGCAGACAGUCUGAUAUUGUGAACCAUCGAGUUUCGAGCGAUAGCCGGUUGAUCGAUGUGACGCAGUUGAUGGGAUAAAAGAGACGUUGAAGUUCGGUGAACGUGAGACGAGGAACAGAGAGAGGUAGUAAACCGGUUCGGUGACUGUCCGUUAAUCGCGGUGCGAUCCUAGUGAUUCUAGCCGGUCGAACGAUCCAGUGUCUUAUCGAUGGUUGGAAGGAAUCGCGUCGGCAACACGAGCCAGCUCUAUUAAGCGUUCUCCUUAGCAGAACAGGUAUAACGAGCGCGAUUAACGCGGCGGCGAUUGGUUGACGCGACGGCGAGUUCUCGACGGUGCACCUUGUGUACGUGUACGGGUCGUUUGGGACACGCACUAUCGCGGGAAGUAGCGAUAGACGGAGAGAACGAGAGAAAGGGAGAGAGAGAGAGAGAGAGAGAUAAAGUCGGAUCUUUUAUAUAAAAAAUAAUUAAUAAUUAAACGGCCGAAGAAAAGAAGAAAAAGGAGAGCGGAAAUGGCCGGCGAACUGGCUGUUACGCGCGGCAAUUAUGUUAAGUGGCCAAUUAGCAAUUAACCAAGGAGACCAGCGGAGCGGCCCCUUAAUUGCAGAGAACAAGAGGACGACGAAGAAGGUGGAGACGGAGGUGGAGCGACCGAGUGAACGGGAGGAAGCGCAAGGUGCAUCGUAACCAUCUCACGCGCCAUUUACUCUCUAUUCUCGCUCUGAAAUCGACCACGAGAUUCGUCGAGACUCUCCGUCCGAAACUUCCACACCGACGAAAGUUCGACCGCACCGUGACGCCGAGUAUCGCGUUCGAGAAGAAUCGGCGAAGGAACGGAAGGAAAGAUCGUGCAACGUCACCGUAAAUUCGAACGAUAGCGAUCCGAUCAAUGGAAGGAAUGUUGGCAAAGAACGCAGAGAGACACUGGAAGAAGAGAGAACGGCGUACCGAGGGAUAAAUCGGAUACAGUGAAGUGUAGGUGCCCGCGGGGAUUCGGUGAAACGAAGUUCCUAACCCGAGGCGACGCCGUCACCGUCGGCAAGAUUCUGUCUCCCAGGUACCGGGCGAGUCCUGGGGUGGCGACAGAGGCACCUGCAGGUGCCCGUAGCCCGAAGGAACCACCUACGUGUACCGUGAUGACGGUCCAUCAUCAUCAGAAUCACCACGUGGCGGCUCGCAGCGGCGUCGCCGUGGCCAAUAACGGUCUGAAUCUGAGCAGGAUGUCCGGCCUCGAGGCGCACAGGCUGGAGAACAUCGUCGAGAGGAACGGAGUGAGCGUGGAACGUCUGUCGAAUGGGCUCGACGCCAGGAACAACAAUCACAGCAACAACAACGGUCUGGUGGAACGCGGCGACGCAUCGACCACGAUGCCGCAGAGAUCGCGAUUUAUGAUCACCGAUAUCCUCGGUGGCGCGUCCAGCAAGAUGCACCAGGCGGGUCUGCAGACUCAAGAACCGCCCGGCAGUCCGCCCUCCACGCCGAGGGACCUCAGUGUCAGGCAUCAGUCGAGAACGUCCUUGAACAAUAGCAACCUCGACGAGGAUAGCGACGCGAGUCAUCACGACGGUGCUUCCGUUACUUCUAAUGGUGGCAAGGAGGACGAUCCAAAGAGUUCCUCGUCCAGCACGCUCAGCUCGGCGCAGAGCAAGAAACAGCGAAAGGCGCGCACGGCUUUCACGGAUCAUCAGCUUCAAACUCUGGAGAAGAGUUUCGAGCGACAAAAGUAUCUGAGCGUGCAAGACAGGAUGGAACUGGCGGCGAAGUUGCAGUUGACCGACACCCAAGUGAAGACGUGGUACCAGAACAGAAGAACAAAGUGGAAGAGGCAGACGAUCGUGGGCUUCGAAAUAAUGGCGGAGAACAAUUUCGCGGUGGCGGCUUUCCAGCAGCUGUACGGAAGCGGAGCGGCAGCGGUUCCUGCGCAUCCUGCGGCAGGACGAUACUGGCCGUAUCCUAGUGCACACGCGUUACCAACCAACGGUCUCUUCUACCAGCAAGCGUCAGCGGCGGUCACCCUGCAGAAACCCCUUCCCUACAGACUGUAUCCUCCGACGAUGAUCCUGGCAGGGCCUAGCAAUCCCCUUGGAUCUCUGACAGCCAGCUCCAGCCUGUCGAAUCUUAGCAACUAUUACAGAGACAGUCCAGAGAUGCCGGAUGGAAGAGACAGAGAGAACAUGGAGAGAUCGUCCAGGCAGAGGGACAGAAGCAAAAGUCCCGUGCUCAGCGACAGAUCGCCAUUGAUGAAAGAGGAAAGACUGUACGCGCCAACGAUGGUGCAAGCCGGUUCGAGUAACAACCUGGGAACUCUGACGGCGAGUUCCAGCCUCUCGAACCUCAGCAACUAUUACAGAGACAGUCCGGAAGCGGUGGACGGACGAGAAAGGGAGAACAUGAACAGAGCAUCGAGACAGAGGGACAGGAGCAAGAGUCCCGCGUUGAGGGAAAGAUCUCCUAUAUGCAAAGACGAUAGACUCUAUCCACCUACGAUGCUUCAGGCAGGGCCUAGUAAUACCAUUGGAUCAUUGACGGCGAAUUCGGGUCUGUCGAGUUUGGGCAGCUACUACAGAGAUAGUCCCGACAUGAUCGAGGGAAGGGAGAGAGAACACUCGAGAGCGACCAGACAGAGGGACAGGAGCAGCAGUCGUUCGCCGAAAAGAGAAGACAGUCCUCAGAGUAUAAGAGCGGACAGCGACGACGAAAGUAUACACGAUAUCUAGGGUAUAGAUGCCGAAGGAAGGUUCGACGACCUACGAGAACCAUUAGGAAGCAGCUACGUCGAGAUCGAGGAGGAUCGAUCAGGCUCUUUCCAAGAGGAGGACGAUUAAUCCUCUGGAAAGGUUGGCGCGUUCGACGGAGAGAUUCAACUUCCACGAACUCGCGAUAUUUAACGGGGAUACGAGCUUUAUCGGCAACGCGUUCCAAUCUUUCGCGUCAGACCAACUGAACGCGAAGUCGAACGUCUAUCGAGAAGCAACGCGGAGAGAAGCGAUCGAGUUAAUAGACCAGCACGCGUUGCUUUAUAGCGGUUACUCGAAUCCUUACUACGUUACGUAAGCAAGAACGCGCGUAUAAAAAAUUUUCUCGCCGGUUCGCUGUCCAAUGGAACUGGCAAUGGAUUUCGUGAGGUGGAACACAGGAAGUGACAUGGUACGGGACGUCCGGGAUUUCCUAGAUAAUGAGAAUGCGCAGAGGAAGCGUUAUGUGGUUAACCAAAGUUUCGCGAUUGGAACAUUUAGCGAACCAACGGUACGCUGAAACACAGUAUUCAUACUCGAUGUAAUAAUCGUUAUACCGGUAGAUCGGAAGAGAGCGAAUCGACUAAUCGACGACGUCUCGACAGAUUUAUCGUAACGCUCACACGGUUCGUCGAUCGUGUGUGCCUGUCUGUAUAUCCAUGAGUGUAUGUGUGUGUGUGUGCGUAUGUGCGUGUGUGUGUGUGCAUGUACGAAUGCGCGUGUGGACGUAAACGCCAAAAGGAAACGGUUGUUAAUUGGUAGAAACGUCGUUGAACGACGCGAAGCGGCUACUUUUCGCGGUGUAAAUAAAAACUGUUCACCUGUCUGGGAAAGGGGAAGGAUAAAGAAUAGGUUAGAGAGCCGGCUAGACCUACCAUCGAGAACGACUGGAGUCGCGCCAGGAAACGAGCCAAUCGCGCACGAACGCGAAUCUACAAUUAAUAUGACAUUAGGGGGACCUGCCUGCGGGGGAAGAAAUCCGAAAUGACACGAAAUUACACGCGGUCGCUGAACAAAAAAAAAAAAAAAAAAAAAAAAAAAGAAAGAAAAGAAAAGAAAAGAAAAAAGAACGGUCGGAAAAGAAGAAGACGCCGGAGAAUUUCGGUAUAUACAUAGCGUCGAGGGACCGCUAGGCUGUUCGAACGCCACGCGACAUUUUUGCUCACCGUUGGUUCGUUUGCGAAGCGCCAACAGAAAAUUGGUCGAUUGAUAUCGGCGCGGCUCCUCCAUUCUACCACGCGACGAGCUCGCGGCGUAGGGAAUAAAUUCCCGUUGUAAAUACGAUUAGAACUCGAUCCGCGCGAUUCGCCGCGACGUAUCGUCGAUAUAAUUUAACGGACAACUGUUGUAAAUAGGUACGUUCGAGAAUGAAGUCGUAUGUAAGUCGAAUAGUAGGCCGGUUGGAUGCGUCGAAAUCGCAGAUACUUGUAAGGCGUAAGUCGAAGCCAACCGUGAUAACAAGGUAUUCCGAAGUAUUUUUCAGAUUCCAGUAUACGUAGAAGAACGCGCGGGACGUGUUUGAACCGUCGGAAGGUGUUGUAUCGUUUAGAAUCGUUUGAUCGUCGCGUGGAGUGUUCAGAGUUACGCUAUUCGUGGAAAGAUGUUUCGGACGGGUGGCUGAAUAGGGAGAAAAGAUCAAGUUCGACGGUGCAGACACGGUUGUUGCGUGUUCAGCGAUGAAAUACCAGUAUUACGAAUGCAUAAAAUUAGGCUGUACGAUGGCGAGAACAGGUGUUGUACGAAGUAAAGGAACACUUUAAAGGAACGACGACGUUUGUUGUAAAUCCGACGAGACGCGAUCGGAGAGUCUCACGGUAUCGUGUGACUUAACGUUAAGUAAUGCAGCAAGAAGUACAUAGUAUAAAUCAUGCUUUGUAAAAUAAUGUCUGUAUAGCGAGAAUUAUUAUAUGGAAAAUAUAUUAUACUAAAUUUAA